CCGUUAUCGAUGGUUGGCAAACCAAUAUCUCCUCUCACGAUCUUUGAAAAGCAGUACCCAGACGAGAUCAAGGAGGUUAGAUACCUGGCCGUGUCAACGAAGCUUUGGAACGAAACAUCCCACCACGAUAUCAAAGUUGUCUGGCCCUUGAUUGAUUUCAUGAGUUUGAGGGAGUUGCUGGUUAUCACGGAUAUAGAUCAUGAGAGGAUGUGUCUUGCUCAGAUCCGGUCGAUGCGUCUGCGUCCGUGGCUAAUACCGGAGGAUAUCGAAGACCAGAUGGACGUGCUUAGGGCUCACUACGAGACGUAUGGCCCAGAAUACCAUCCUCUCCCUAGGAAACCAAGUGUGCGAGUUACCAAGGAUCGGCAGGGGAUCUUGAAUGGGGAUGAAAUGCACAUCAUUCUACGAGACCUCGGGCGAGCAUAUCUCGAUUCUCGGAUAUCAAGUGUAGUUGGGCGCUGGACGUCGCGGGAUUGAAUGGUUGGAGGAGAUGCGUUCCUCACAGCUCUCGCUGCAAGGUCAGAUUCUCAUGGCGAGUUCUUUCAUUAGAGUAAAUACCCUAACAAGCAUACCUACCGAAUGGGGAUAUCGGGAAGGC